CAAUGCACAACACGUCGCUCUGCUGCAACAACGAAGCACACGAUCCAGCGAACUCGAACCCGAAGGCGGAAGUCGCACCGUACGCUAGACGUCAUUUGCGCAACGGGCCAAGCCACCGCCCGCGCGAUCCAGAGCAAUCAUGAAUCGGCCAGGUAGGACCAACCCAGAUCUUCUCGUGUGGCCUCAGCCUCGAAACCGCAAUACCGCAACGUCCGAUGCACCUGCUUCGAGCCAACACACCCGACGCCAGGCCUGAGCAGAUGGCUACGUCGAUAAGGCAUUGCCUGCGCCGAGGCUCGGUCUGCGCGACGAUUCUCGACAAAUUUCUGGCUGCUGCUACGGUGCCGUCGAGCCAGGCAUGGCCGAGGAGCGCAGGGCGAGGCAUGGCGUGGCUGCUAUGGACAGUGCUCGAUGCAUUGGUGCUUCGACCGAUGCGACCGAUAACGUACAAGGUGCACUCGAGACUGCGUCGCCUAGAGUGGCCCGCGAGUAGCGCGUCAAGCGUCGCUGGCGCAUGCAUGGGCACCCGAGGCUGAGCUACGCGCAAUCAUGAAGAAGUCGAUGCUGACUCCGGCUGGCAACGAUAGGUGCGGUACCGCAGACAAUACGGGGAAUGCCUGGCAACUUUGGGGGCCAGCAACAACCUCAACAACCGGGCAGGUCGGUCUCUAGCCGGUUGCCGAACGGGAAGUUAGUGAACAAUAGCAAUUCGGGCUGGGCUUUCGGGGGGGGAGUCCCCAUGGGCGGUGCUGGGUUCAACCAGGGCCGCCAGCUGGGCGGCAACGUUAGCUUUGCCCAAAGCUUGAGCGGGUCGCAGCCUGCCACUCCUUUGGAUCCCACGUACGUACCUGCCACUCUGCUCUGUUUCUGUCCGUUGCCCAACACUUCAUGCCCCCAACGGCGAGCUCUCGUCGUGCACUUUCGCCAUGCCCAAGAAAGCCCGGCUUGUCAACAGGGCCAACAACAUGGCACACCAGGGGAGCUCUGCCGACCCAUCCAAGGGUCUAGCCUACUCUGCUGUGGUCAAGGGCGAGUUUCCGUCAUUGUCAACGACACCGCAGCUCAACAGCGCUAGCCAAGCAUGGUCAAAUGCGGGCUCCCGAAACCCAAGCGGUCCUGGUCAGCGCAACCAGUCGACGCCGAUAUCAUCUCAACAAGGCCAGGACGACAUCUUUACCCCUCCCUCGACAUCGAGAUUGCAAUCUAGCCAAGUAGGAUUCGGUCCUCAGGCUCCUGGCUCGGGGCAAAGUCAGGCACACCGGGGUAACGGCCUGUUGAAUGCACUGUCUGCCAACAGUCGAGCAAGCGAAGCGCGAACACCGCCGGGAGUCGGACCGCUAGGUGCGUCGAUAUCCACGUUGACUCCAAAUACUGUGCUGACCCCACUUGAUGCAUCUCGGACGGCAGAAGGAAAGCAACCCCAGUCUUUGUUUCGAGAUGACGGGUUCAGCAAAACUCCCUUAGGUGCCGAUGCUGGCUCGCAAGCCACUGACGCACGGGGUAGCUUGGGUGUGAUAGGAAACGAGAACCCGAGUGGCAAGUCGGAGAAGGACAAGGCCAGCCAAUCCGCAGACGUUGUCGACCCUCUUUCUGGGAUGCCUGCGGUGGACAAGUGGGGUAUCAAGGGUUUGCGAACUCUGAUGAACAAUUAUCCCGAUUAUCACGCGAUGGUAGUAGGCAUGGACCCAGGCUCUUUAGGACUGGACAUGACCUCCCCAGACCUCAUCUCCACUCAAAACUACUCCCUCUUCGAUGACCACCCGCCCAGGCCCACGGUCGACGCAGGAAAGUUCAGGCUGCCUGAUUGUUACAACGUUACCAACGUCCAGCCAAUCGAGACCAAGAUCCAGAGCUUCAACGAGGAGACGCUUUUCUGGAUAUUUUAUAGCUGUCCUGCCGACAUCAAGCAGCAGAUGGCCGCCGUGGAACUGCACUCACGAAACUGGCGCUGGCAUAAGAAGCUGGCGAUAUGGCUCACCAAGGACGACCACAUGACACCGCAGAUCUUGAGUCCGAAUCACGAACGAGGGUACUACGUCGUCUGGGACGCGGGCAACUGGCGGCGGGAUCGGGUUGGUCAAAUUGCAGCUCCAAAACCUGGCAUACACUGACGCACGGAUAUAGAGGGAGCUCACAUUGCACUACGGCGACCUAGAUACGUCGCUGACCCAAGGCCCGACAUUGGCUUGAGGGCCAGCAGGAGAACGAGAGGCUCGUAUGUUUAACGAGGCUGCGCAGUGCUUGUUGCAGUGACUUGAUGAAUGGUCCGCGGGGGUCAAUCGGCGUUUCAGCCUCUACGAGUAGGGGCAGGGGACUGGCAUUGCUGCGGCAUUGGGAAUGGGUUCGGCGGCCAGACGGCCUUGGAAUGCAUUUUCGGGUUAUACGGGGUAGACCUACUGCUGCGGACGGGCUGGCGUGACCAGCCGAGGGGGUUGCUUAUCUGCUUCCCGAUCAAUGAAGCUCAAUGUGCCCUUUGUCGACGGUAUGGCUCUGUGAGACAUGCUUAGUGGCCGACGAUGCGAUGAGUUGAUGUCCAGCGUGCCCGUAACGAUGAGAAGCCGCACUCGAGAUGAGGCAGUGGCUGGAUCAAAGAACUUCCAACUUGGAUGUGAGCAGUCACAGGGAGUGGUGUGUUUGGGUGUCACUAAGAUACUUCGGAAUCAGUUCCCGACGCUUUGAGC